UUGGUGUAGCGCCAGUUUUGGUCCUAAAUAAAGUUACUUCCUCCAGUCACUGACCAAAUAUCCAUCAACUGCGCGAUAACAAGCAUCAUACAUACGCUCAGUCAUCUUCAAAUCUUGAAAUCCUCAUCCAGUUGGGCAUUCAGUCUACUAGUGCUAUUGGUGUUCACGAAUUCACGUAGUGAAACAAACGAAGUUUGUGGAACCUCCAGGCACUUGAUUAUGGAUUCAGUUAGACAAGUUGUUACACGUACUGCUCUUGGACUUGCCGAGUAUGUAACACCUAUACUAAAAGAGUCUAAAUUCCGGGAAACAGGAGUCAUCACUCCUGAAGAGUUUGUAGCAGCAGGCGACUUUUUAGUUUAUCAUUGUCCAACUUGGCAAUGGGCAACUGGCGAUAAAGGUACUCGUCCUUAUCUUCCCAAAGAAAAACAGUAUUUGAUUACUCGCAGUGUACCGUGCUACAAAAGAGUGAAGCAGAUGGCAGAUCAUAACGAAGAGUUUGAGGAAGUGUUAGAGGAAGAGGAUGGUGAUGGUGGUUGGGUAGACACACAUCAUUAUGCGAUUAAAAGUGACAAUCCUGAGAUCGAAAAUGCGAAUGAAAUGACUGUUUUGAAAUCAGAUAAUGUAUUGAACCAUCAGCAAAGUAACACAGUUUCCGAUUGUGAUGAAGAAGAGGAUGAAGAUAUGGAAGCUUUCUUGCAGAGUGGUAUGUUGGAUGAAUGCGAUCCAGCAGCUGUUAAUGCCCGUACAAAGGUACUUAAUACAUCAAGCUCAACAACAUUACAUUCCGGAGUAGACCAGAAGGCAAAUUGUGAAAAUAACGGGAUUCUGCAAUUAAGAACUUAUGACCUAUAUAUCACCUACGAUAAAUAUUAUCAAACUCCACGUUUAUGGUUGUAUGGUUACAAUGAACAUCAUCAACCGUUGACGGAAGCUGAGAUGUAUGAGGACUUCAGUCAGGAUCACGCGAGGAAGACUGUUACGACUGAAGCACAUCCACACUUGUCCGGCCACAUGAUGCCAUCGAUUCACCCAUGUCGACAGGCUGAUGUAAUGCGGAAAUUAAUUGAGGCUGUAGCUGACGGUGGGGCUGAAUUAGCUGUUCAUCAAUAUCUUAUGAUAUUUCUAAAAUUUGUCCAAGCUGUUAUACCUACAAUUGAAUAUGAUUAUACACGAAAUUUCAAUCUCUCUUCAUUUGCUUAAUGUCAGUCGUCUUCAUGAUUUAUAUGUUCUGGCAGUUUUAUUGACCCAUGGGACUAUUAUGGUUAAAGCUUCUUUAUAGCUUGCUUGUAUUUCAUCUUUUUAUUUUAAAAGAAAUCAUAAUGCUCAGAUGUUAUACUCCUAUGCCUUUAAAGAGGAUCAUUUGUUGACUUUAAUGAAUAAUAUAUACGGGUUUGUGU